AUGGCGUCGACGGUGUGUGUUUCUAGGUGUCGUCUCUUAGCGAAAUUAGAAAUAAAUCGUGGGUUGUGUUUGUCGUCGAUAUUUAGAGAUUUGUCAAAUAAUAGGGAAUCGUGGUGUCGGCGCUGGCGACCUUCACGUCGUUCUAUCUUCACUAGCGUUUGUGUUCAUGGCUCGAAAAAUGCACCCACAAAAGUGGAUCCCGAAAAAUCAGACGACGGC